AUGAGCGAAGUUCGUCUCCUCAGACAUCCAAGGAAGGUGGGGCCUGCACUAGUUCUCAAGCUAGGCAUCCGACGAAUCGGUAGCGAAAACUCUAGAGUUCGGGCACUGCGAAUGGUUUCUUUGAGAAACGCCCUUGCUGUCUUCAUCAUCAGAGACUCUCCCUCGCUCAUCGUUCGUCAUCUCCAAAAACAAGUGACAGGAAAACGUGUCAGGUUGUUACAUGCUCGAUCACUGCUCAUGCUCUGA